GCAUUGGCAGUGGGGCUCCAGGGUUUCAGACAGGAGACAUUCCCAGCCCUACUUAGAGACCCCUGGAAUCGAACCCAGGAAUCUGCAUACAAACAGAUACAGGUAUUAAGCUACUAAGCCCUUCCCCGCACUGAUUUCAGGGCCUCGCCUAUCGGAUUUCAGCACUCCUUGCCCCACUCCAAGAUAAGCUGGCCCUGAAAAGCAGCUCUGGACAGGAUUCCCUGCCCAAAUUCUGAUGCCUGGAUAGGAAGUUAGCUUGGUUAGAGCGAGAUGCUGUUAACGCCGAGGGAUUAGGUUCGACCCCUCCUGCCUAUUCCUGCAUUGCAGCGGGGUUGGACUAGAUGAUGCUCAGGGGUCCCUUCCAACUCUACCAUUCUAGGAGAAUCGAAAGCCUCCCUCUGUUUUCUUCCCCUCCCGAUUGGAGAAACGAGGCUCUCCAAGGGAGCUGGGCGGCGGCUUGCUGCAGACACGCCUCUGGGGAGGAACCUGACCCGGAUUCCCACGCGAGGCAGAGUCGAAACGCGGCACUGGAUGGUCGCCUGUUCGGAGGUUGGGUCAUGCCCCGCCGCCCGGGCUCCGCUCUGCCGGCGAGGUCCGGGGCGCUCCUUGCGCUCCUGGCCGCUCCUGCGCUGCUCGCUUUGGCCCUCGUUACCUCGGGCCCUUGGCAGCGGCUGGACUCCCGAAUGCCCCCGAGGCUGAUGCGGGAGCUGGAGCAGCGGGAGGCGGAUCUGCGGCGCUUGGCUGCCUCCGCCCGGGCGGCUUGCGCCUUUUCUCCCGCUGCGGAGCCGCGCGGAGCCUCCGCGGGCGCGUUGGGUUGCGCGGAGCUGAGCGGCGCGACGGGCGUGCGCUUGGUGGGCUCCGGGAUCACCAAGCUGGUGCAGAGGGCUGUCCUGCCGCGCGGAGGCGGCCACGAGGUCGCCCUCAAGUCCGUGCACCCGGCCGGCCGCGACGUCAGCCGCUGCGCGCAACGCUACGCGCACCCGAGCGGCUGCUACCGCCUCGCCGCUUACAAGCUGCUCAAAGAGAUGGUUCUGCUGCAGAGCUUGGAGCAUCCCGGCAUCGUCAAGUUGCACGGUCAGUGCUAUGAUCCUAGCUUAGAUCCUGAAAUGAAGGUGGUCACCGUUUUGGAGUUGGGUGUUCCCCUGGAGAUGAUUCAACUUCUGCAGACACCCUGGGAGGAGAGAUUUAAACUUUGCCUAGAGCUGGUUGAGCUGCUCCAUUACUUGGCAAAGUCUCCUCUGGGUUCCCUGGCCCUCCUGGAUUUCCAGCCCAGGCAGUUUGUGAUGGUGAACGGGGUCCUCAAAGUCGCAGACCUGGAUGAUGUGAGCACUGAGGAGUUGUCCUGCAAAGGGGAUGGGGACUGCACCCUGGAAUUCCCCACCAAAAGCUUCUUUCUCAGAUGUUCUGCGCAGGGGAAGUGUGAAGGAAUAAAUGAGAAAAGGAACCUCUUCAAUGCUUACCGGUAUUUCUUCACCUAUCUCCUGCCACAUACUGCACCCUUUGUUUUGCAACCCAUUCUGAAGGAUAUCCUGAAUGCCACAGGUGAUUUGCGAUACGGAACGAAUGAAACCCUGAGAGCUUUUCAGAGGGUUUUGCAUUUAUACAAGUCUGGACUUUAUCUGCAGAAAAAGCCUUCUCAAUUGAAAGACUACAUUGCCUUAAAGGGCUUCCACAGCAGGGAUACAGAGGACUACAAGUGUUGGCCAUCCUAUCGCCACUUGGGGUGCUUGCUCUCUGUUCACAAUGAAGAAGAAGCUGCUGCCAUUUGCAGUUCCCAUCCUCAGUGCCAACAUUUCUUCAUCACUCUGCAGACAACAUGGACAGGAAGGCCACUUGCUUUGUUUCGAAGCAACUUGACCGAAUUAAUUCCAGGCGGCGACAGAGUGGUUUAUGUUAAGCGAUCUGCCAUUUCAAAGACAAGCCUCUUACAAGGAGACUGGGAGAAUACGGAGCUUUUGGACAAGGAAUAAUCACUGGGACUAACUUCAUCCACUCAAGAGUUGACGAUGUGCUUCAUUUCUGCUUCAGGAUCUUCCUCUGGGACUUUUCAAUGGGUGGUGUUUGAAAGAUCAAAGCAAACCUUCCUUUUUCAUAAAAUGGAAUAACCUGGACAAGUUGGUUACAUAAUCCCAUGCACAACGGUCAAAAAUGUGCAGAACUUGAUUUAAAGCACCGCUAAAGCCUUAUAAUGGAUUGGCAGCAGCUGUGUCAGCCAAGCAAUAGUUGUUACCAUGAAAAUACCUUGUUGUGUAGGUUCUAUAUGGUCGCAUCAGUCCAGUUGGGAACAUGCAUAAAUGGAACCAGGCUGCCAUACACACAAUUAUUGUCCCAGAUAACAGUUUUUGUUCCCAAUAGACCUGCAAGUAGAUAAAUCCACCCUCAUGAUCAGCACUGUUCAGCUCUUUUAGGCUUCCUGGCUGCUAUCUUCUUUUGGAUGUAGGGAUCACUGCAGACUCAGGGUGUGUCAAAGUGUCCUAAAGUUUAUUUACAAGUAUACAGGUCCACCUUCCUAGGCUCACACACUCCCAGCAGCAAAUUCUACUGUUUCACAACAGCUCUCCUGAGAGAAAGCUCAACUCCCAGCGCUUUCCAGAACCCAAAAGUCCGCUUUCUCCCUGUCUUCCUCUCCAUUUGAAAUUCCUAAAUCUAGUGUGUCCUUUCUCACAGACACACAUACGCAGAUCUAGAUUACAUCAAGGGGGAGGUAUGCCUUCUGCCAAGAUGUCUGUGCCCUGACAUUCUUGACUAGUUGUGAGCUAUUGAUCUCUUAAUUUCCUUGACAAGAAAUGCCUGUCUUAGAGGAAUAUUACAGUAGCCUUUGUGACUCCAUUAACUUCCCAACACAUGUAUUUCUUAAAUACAACAAUAUAUCUGACAAAUGAUCAUUUCACCAUAGCCAGUAAAGAGGAAAGAAAGAGGGACACGUAUUUCAUUUUGGGAUACAGAGUCGCUGGUGGUGGUUUUGGUUUGACAUACAGACUUUAUUUUAUUUUUAAGUAUCAACCUUGGAGGUUUUUUCAGUGUUACUUUCAGUGAAAGAAAUCCUGCUGAGCAAAAUGUUCAAACUAAUUAUGUAUAAAAAGCAUGUUUUAUAUAAUGGGAUUGCUUUUUUCUUCCUUCUGAAAACAGAUUGCAGUUAAUUUUCUUUUUUUUAAAAUGGUUAUCAUAUCUUAUCUUUGGCCACCUCAUGAGAAGAGAGGAAUCUUUGGAAAAGACCCUGAUGUUGGGAAAGAUUGAGGGCACUAGGAGAAGGGGACGGCAGAGGACAAGAUGGUUGGACAGUGUUCUCGAAGCUACGAACAUGAGUUUGACCAAACUGCGGGAGGCAGUGGAAGACAGGAGUGCCUGGCGUGCUAUGGUCCAUGGGGUCACGAAGAGUCGGACACGACUAAACGACUAAACAACAACAUAAAGGUAAAGGUAAAGGGACCCCUGACCAUUAGGUCCAGUCGUGACCGACUCUGGGGUUGCGCGCUCAUCUCGCAUUAUUGGCCGAGGGAGCCGGCGUAUAGCUUCCGGUCAUGUGGCCAGCAUGACAAAGCCGCUUCUGGCAAACCAGAGCAGCACAUGGAAACGCCGUUUACCUUCCCGCUG